CACAGUUCAACAGUAUGUGAGUGGCCUGAGUCAACUGUAAGAACUGACAAAAAAAAAACUGCUUGAGAUGGCUAGAAUGAUCUGCUGGAGGAAUAUGUUCCGUGCCGGGUCUGGGCUUUGAAAAGUGAGCUUAGGCUCAGUGAGGGUGUGUGUUUGGAAGCGUGUCUGUGUUUGUGUGUGCCACUCCUCUGAACACACGGCUAGGGGUGUGUGAGGGGGGGUCUUUGGACAAUCCACGCUACUGCAGUCACAAGACCUCAUAGGCAGUUGAGGAUCAAGAGUGAUGACAACUGUUGGGGAGCUGAAGUGGAGAAAAGGGAGAAAGGACGGUAGGGAAGUGGUCCUCAGAUGACAUUUAACUUCAUUGUCUUCAAUUAUUGAAAUUAUUAUUUUCUCUUUCAACCCUGCCUACCCUCCUCUUGGUAGUCGGAGUGCAAUGAUGAAUUAAUAAGAGCUGUCUGCGCUAAGAGGAUCAAUAGCUUAGUUGCUGUACACUAAGAGAGCAAGCUGGCGUAUUAUAGGGUUAGGGAAUACAAAUGACUGCAAAGAAGAAGGCAGCAAGAAAAAUAAACCACUCAUAUGCACACACCUCUGGAUGGCAACAGACUGCACCUCGCGGGUUUGGGACAGAAGAGACGUAGCACCUUUAAGUACUUUCCAGAGGAAAUACAUUGAACAUGCUUUUACACAGCUCAUCUGAGACCUUUGUUUCUACUCCUGGGGCUUGAGGAAGGAUGCUGAUGCCAUGAGAAAAUAGUUGGAGCUUGCAAUGAAAAUGUGGCAGAAGGAGUUUGAAAUCCUUGCCGGAAGAAUACCAAGAAAAAGGCAUCAACAAGAUACGGCUACUAAUCUUGGGUUGACAUUUCUUUUAUACUACUACAAAACAUCUCUGUAACAUAGACGGAAAGAACAACUUAUCUAUUUUUUCAUGGGGUUUUGUACACGCCUUAUAUACACCUGGAUUGGCUUACUUUUCACUCGCCUUAAUUUGUACUGAACAGCUGUUAAUGUUUUUUGCAUUAAAGGUCCAAGUUUUGCAGAGUUGGAGGUAAAGACUUAACAUACUGAAAGCACUGUUAUUGUAGCCAGAAUGGCUUAAACUUAUGGGAUAUAUAGUUUGCAACUUUGUUUACAUGUCUUGUUUCUUUUGGAGGACAUUUGACAGCUCUGAAGAGAAAUGAAGAGAUUCACAUCAUUUUUUAAUUUCCGCUGGGUUUUCAGAAUGCAUAUACAGUAGGCAGGUUUUUGUUUUGCUAACACAUCCCAACUAAAUGAAGCCUGGAAAUACUCAUGUGGGAAGACAGAAAAAAAUGAUGCACGUGAAUAAUUUCCCUUUCAGGAGGCAUUCCUGGAUAUGUUUUGAUGUGGAUAAUGGCACAUCUUCAGGAAGGAGUCCCCUGGAUCCAAUGACCAGCCCUGGGUCAGGGCUCAUCCUCCAGGCCAACUUUGUGCACAGCCAGCGGAGGGAGUCCUUCCUGUACCGCUCAGACAGUGACUAUGACCUCUCACCCAAAUCCAUGUCCAGGAACUCCUCGAUUGCCAGUGACAUGAAUAACUACCAACUGAGACCUCCUUUGGUUUCUCAGAGAUCAGAACCAAUUAUUACUGGAAAUCAUGGAGACGACCUGAUUGUAACACCAUUUGCACAGGUGCUGGCUAGUUUGAGAACUGUACGGAAUAAUUUUGCUGCAUUAACAAAUGUACAACAAGACAGAGCCUCUAACAAGCGAUCACCCAUGUGUAACCAACCACCCAUCAGCAAGUCCUCCUUUACAGAGGAGGCCUACCAGAAACUGGCCACCGAGACACUGGAGGAGUUAGACUGGUGCCUGGACCAGCUGGAAACUCUACAGACCAGGCACUCCGUCAGUGAGAUGGCCUCCAAUAAGUUUAAGAGAAUGCUAAACCGGGAGCUGACCCAUCUCUCUGAAAUGAGCCGGUCCGGGAACCAGGUUUCAGAAUACAUUUCAAACACAUUUUUAGAUAAACAACAUGAGGUUGAAAUGCCUUCCCUGACACAGAAAGAGAAAGACAAGAAGAAAAGGCCAAUGUCACAGAUCAGUGGAGUAAAGAAAUUAAUGCACAGUUCCAGCUUGACCAACUCUAAUAUUCCACGGUUCGGUGUGAAAACAGACACAGAAGACUCACUGGCAAAGGAGUUGGAAGAUGUAAACAAAUGGGGCCUUAAUGUUUUCAAAGUUACAGAGUUUUCGGGAAACAGGCCUUUAACAGUCAUCAUGUACACAAUCUUCCAGGAAAGAGACUUGUUAAAAACAUUCAAAAUUCCUUUAGACACCUUUAUAACCUACUUGAUGACCUUAGAAGAUCAUUAUCAUGGAGAUGUUGCAUAUCACAACAACAUCCAUGCUGCUGAUGUCGCUCAGUCGACCCAUGUGCUGCUAUCCACACCUGCUCUAGAAGCUGUGUUCACAGAUCUAGAGAUUCUUGCUGCCAUUUUUGCCAGUGCUAUCCAUGAUGUAGACCAUCCUGGUGUUUCCAACCAGUUCCUUAUUAAUACAAACUCUGAGCUUGCCUUGAUGUACAAUGACUCUUCUGUUCUGGAGAAUCAUCAUUUGGCUGUGGGUUUCAAGCUGCUGCAGGAAGAAAACUGUGACAUUUUCCAAAAUCUGACCAAAAAACAGAGACAAUCAUUAAGAAAGAUGGUGAUUGACAUUGUUCUUGCCACUGAUAUGUCCAAACACAUGAACCUUCUAGCAGACUUAAAAACAAUGGUAGAAACAAAAAAAGUAACCAGCUCUGGAGUUCUCCUCUUGGAUAACUAUUCAGACAGAAUACAGGUUCUACAAAACAUGGUCCACUGUGCAGAUCUGAGCAAUCCCACGAAACCCCUGCAGCUGUACCGACAGUGGACAGACCGUAUCAUGGAGGAGUUUUUCAGCCAAGGAGACCGGGAGAGGGAAAGAGGCAUGGAGAUCAGUCCCAUGUGUGACAAGCACAAUGCAUCAGUAGAAAAGUCACAGGUUGGAUUUAUUGAUUACAUUGUCCAUCCACUGUGGGAAACGUGGGCAGACCUGGUCCAUCCUGAUGCACAGGACAUUCUGGACACGCUAGAGGACAAUCGAGAGUGGUACCAGAGCACAAUUCCUCAGAGCCCUUCACCUGCCCCGGGCGACCCCGAGGAGGGGCAGCAGGGCACAGCGGACAAGUUCCAGUUCGAGCUGACACUGGAGGAGGAUGGCGAGUCCGACACGGAGAAAGACAGCGGCAGCCAAGCGGAGGAGGAGGAGGAGGAGGAGGAAGAGGAAGAGGAAGAGGAGAACAGCUGCAGUGACUCCAAAACCCUUUGCACUCAGGACUCUGAGUCCACAGAAAUCCCCCUGGACGAGCAAGCGGAAGAGGAGGAAGAGGAAGAUGGGGUCUCUGUUGAGCCCUGUGUCGUGGUAGAAGAAGACCAGCCUGCCGACACAUAACAGUGUGGACAGCAUUAAAUUAUAGUAAUAUCCAUAAUAAUAAAUAAUAAUAAAGUAAAAGUUCCAAAGCGCACAUGUUGCACAUCACAACCUUGGCCACUCCUCACUCCCUUCUGCCUGGACAGACUAUGUCUGAGACUGCUGAUAGUCCUACAAUUUUGCACUCAGGAAUAUUAGGUCUGAUUUUUCAACUUUAUAGGAAUGGCACAUCAGUGGCUGACAUUUAGCCUACGGGGUCAAAGGUUUUGAAAUCACAGUGAAUUCUUUCCCUUGCCCCCUCUCUUUUCCCAAACAGAAGGAUGGUGUUCCUGGAUUUUACCUUGUCUGACAGACCUAAAGAUGAAGAUUUUUUUUUUGGUUCUAUUUUAUAUAGCUAUUAUAUCCAAGGAAAGUGUUCAACUGUAUCCUGUAUGGCAUCCUACUGCGACCUUUUCUUGG